CAGGUACGGUCCACAAUGAGUGACUUUGCUGUUUUCCUCACCAUCGUCAUCAUGGUGCUCCUUGACUUCGUGGUUGGGAUCCCAUUGCCGAAGCUCCACGUCCCCCACACGUUCAAGCCUACCAGAGACGACCGCGGGUGGUUCAUCAACCCCAUAGGACCCAACCCUUGGUGGAUGGCGUUGGCUGCGCUCGUCCCAGCUCUGCUCUGCACCAUCUUGAUAUUCAUGGAUCAGCAGAUCAGUGCCAUUAUUGUGAACAGGAAGGAGCACAAGCUGAAGAAAGGAUGCGGGUACCACCUGGACCUUUUCAUGGUGGCCGUGAUGCUCGGGGUGUGCUCUGUGAUGGGGCUGCCCUGGUUUGUGGCUGCGACCGUGCUGUCCAUCACCCACGUGAAUAGCCUCAAAGUAGAGUCUGACUGCUCAGCUCCAGGAGAACAACCCAAGUUUCUGGGGAUACGAGAGCAGAGAGUCACUGGCUUGCUGAUCUUUGUGCUCAUGGGCUGCUCCGUCUUCUUCACUUCCGUGUUAAAGUUUAUACCAAUGCCUGUGCUUUAUGGCGUCUUUCUCUACAUGGGUGUGUCGUUGCUCAGAGGAAUUCAGUUCUUUGAUCGCUUGAAGCUGUUUUGGAUGCCGGCGAAACACCAGCCGGAUUUCAUCUACCUGCGGCACGUGCCCUUGCGAAAGGUGCAUUUCUUCACGGCGAUCCAGCUGAUCUGCCUCGUCCUGCUCUGGACCAUCAAGGUGUCCCGUGCCGCCAUCAUCUUUCCCGUGAUGGUUUUGGCUCUCGUCUUUGUCCGGAAAGCGAUGGAUUUGUGCUUCUCAAAGCGAGAGCUCAGCUUUCUGGAUGACCUUAUGCCAGAAAGGAAGAAGAAGUUGGACGAUGGCAGAAAUGAAGCCGGAGAAGAAGAGGAGUCCCAGAAGGUGAUGGAAGCUGCUGCUGCUGCAAGUUCAGUUCAGCUGAGCGUGGGGAAGACCAGUGACUUGGAUAUCCCAAAGCAACGCAGUGACAGGACUGAUCCUUCUGAGAUUAUUAUCCUGGAUGAAAUGUCACAAAUGCCCGUAUGGAAGGCUCUCACUGUGAAGACAGAAACCCUUUGAAUCCAGGGAGGAAAAAGGAAUCUUGACUUUGAAGGAGAGGAGUGAGAGCGUGACUCGGGGAUGUGCCAACGCAGACAGAGGGAGAAAGCGCUUUGUUUCAGUUGGAGGAUUCCCAUUAAAGCCAUGCAGAUGUUUUCAGUUA